UAACAAUUGUGCGUUGAAAAUGUUCGCAGCGAUUGUUGUUUUGCUUGCUUCCGUUUGGUUCGGUAAUUGUGCUGCUGAGAAAACAAUAUGUAAAAUUGACGAGAAUUGCACGAUGAAUUGCGCAAGUGACGACAUCAUAGAUUUAGAAAGUUCUACAGACUGCAAAACUAUAGUUGUGAAAUUAUUAAAAAGCAAUGUCGAUGUUUGGCAGAAGUUAAAGCGUUAUCCAAUUGAAAAAGUAGUUAUGUUCCAACAAAACGAUCUCCAGAAUAUAGACGAUUUGUUUAAAGAAACAAACAUUAAAAAGUUGUACCUAUAUCAAAACAACUUAACAGAGUUGAAGACAGGUACGUUCGAUGAAAACAAACCUUUCGAAACCUUAGCACUAAAUCGUAACCAAAUUAAACUUUUGGAAACGAAAUCGAUUCCUGCCGUUAAAACAUUAUAUCUGCAUUACAAUUUAAUUGAAUCGUUGAACGCAGACGCGUUUGUUAACAUAUCGCACGUGAAAAUACUGCGAUUGGACAACAACAAUAUAGAGAAGAUUACGGCUGCAUCUCUGAUGGGUUUAAAAGCGGAUUAUUUGGAUUUAAGCUAUAACCGUAUAGAAUAUUUGGAAGACGCAUCAAUUCCUGAAGUGAAACAUAUAAAACUAGACAACAAUAAACUGGCAUCAAUUGAUUCCAAAAAGUUCGUUAAUAUUUCGUAUACAAUUAACCUCGAUCUGAGCUACAACAGAAUUACGCAAUUAUCGGAAAAUUCUUUUUCUGGGAUGCUGAAUUUAACGAAUUUAUCGCUGUCAAAUAAUCUGAUCGCAUCACUCGACAUGUAUUCAAUACCGACAGUGAAAAAUCUGAAUUUGAGUUACAAUUUAAUUACUUUCAUCAAUACUAGUAUGUUCGAGGAUAUAGAUUAUCUAAUGUCUCUGGAUAUAAAUUAUAAUUGCAUCAAAUCGACCGAUUUUCAUCUAAUAAAUAUGAACGUUUCGAAUCAAAAGGAUAAUGAAACGUGCAAGUUAAAUCGAAAGGACACAUCCAAAAUAAAAAAGUUCACAUCCAACUUGAUGAUUGCAAUUUUCUUAAUGCUAACAUUGAUUUUGGUUGGUAUAGUUACAGCAAUUGCAUUAAGACGUUACGCCGAAUCCUCUACAUAUAAUUUAAAGAAUGAUGAGACAACAAGAGGGACAUCUAAUGGUAAAACGGAUGAUAUCAAAAUGGUUUCAAUCGAUUGAUUAUAUAUAUUUCAGUUUAUGAUAUGUCUUAAUGAAAUUUACGUAGGUAUAUUGUAACGAAUAAAAGUAAAAUCAUCAAUUAUUUCUUACAGAAAUUAACGAAGAAACAAAAUCUGUAGAAUAUGAGUAAUUUAUC